AGUCGUACUGUCGAACAGACAGACGAAAGCCGCGGCCAGGAUGUCUGCACGUAGCAGAGGUCGUGCAAAUCCCAAUCAGGAUGCCGACGAAGAGCGGCGGCUGUGGAAGGAGAUCAAGGACAAGGCGAAGGAUGUGGAUGUGAUGGUGGCGCGAUCAAAUGAGAUUGGGCAGGAGGUCCUCGAAGUAGAAACGCAACAAGCUGCGCUGCUAGAAGCAGACAAACCAAGCGAUGCGGCGCUCGACGAGAGGCUAGAGAAGCUCUACAGAGAGAAUGUCAAGCUCUGCGAAGAAGUAUCGCACAUCAUCGAAGGCAAGUCGAACGACAUGAACCUCCUCGACAGUAUCAAUAUUCUGGCUGGCCUCCGAGAAGCUUCCGAAGAAUCUGCCGCUCAGAUGCAAGCUGCCCAGUCGCACCGCUCUGCAAGUGGCAAGCUCUCGAGGGCACCUAAGAAAGGUGGGGCGAAGGGUGGCUCCGCUGUGACGGCGACUACUGAGGAUGUUGACGAGGUGUCUGCUGCACCGUCACCGAGAAUCAGUUUGGGCCCUCGCCUCACUGCGAAGGAGAAGACGUCAAGAUCUGGCAGCAUCGCUACCACUCGGGAGACUUCCGUGAAAAUUGAAGACGGUGCAGAGUCUGUUGCCAGCAGUGCAGACGGCACCUCCACCGCUACUGGACCCGUCAAAGGUUCUGCGAACAACAGACCUUCGAAUCGUCUCGUCUUAAAGCUCAAUGAAGUCGUGUUUUGUCGUCAUGACAUGAAGAACGCGGACCCCAAGAACCUUCCAGAGGGCGAAGGCAUACUCUGUCGUGUCACAGCAGUGAUAGGAGAAGGAAAGCAGCGCCGUUAUGAAGUGCAAGAUGCGGAUACUCUGGGAGAGCCACCGCCACCACAACGAGCAUCGGUCGCGCAGCUCCUUCAGAUUCCAGACUCUAACAAAGGGCUACCAGACCUGCCUGCAAAGAAGCAGGUCAUCGCGCAAUACCCAGAUACAACCACGUUUUACAAGGCUGAUGUCAGCGAACCUUGGAAAGCGAAAGACCUUGGCAAUGAAAAGGGAGAAAUGGUGCGCCUCAUCUUUCAGGAGGAUGUUGAGGCUCGUGAAGUUGAACGGCGAUUUGUGCUUCUAGAUGGCAAAUGAGCCGUGGUGUCUUGAGCGGAGCUUACGUCCAUGCCCUGCACCAUUGCUCCGUCCUCGUGGAAUUUAUUCCGGCGUAGGAAAGCGCUCACCUCCGAAGGAGAAACCUUCGUAGCUGCAGUAGCCCUCUGGUGGACAGCUGUUGAGGGAGCUGCGAGCAACCCAUCGCACCUCUCGUACCCAACAUCGACAGACACUUCGAUGUUCAAUUUGCAUCUCAACAAUAGAAAUAUCCACCGGGCACAAUUUCAAGGCUCAAUUGCUUCAGGGUAAAGCUAUAAGGUAUGUCAAGCUUGUCGCUUGCCAGAGAUUUACCUCUAUCUGCUGCGCUCGAGAGGUCUCCGCAGAUGAAGCUCAUGUAUGAUGUAUUGGCUGAUAGAUAUAAAGCACAUAAGUAUUGAAUCAUAUGCUGCAGCAUGGACGCGAAACAUCGACCUCCGAACUUCAGCGAGCAGAGCGGUGCCGAGCAUGAGCCCUCAUCCUCUGCGGGCUGUGCCCAAGCCGGAAAGUCCGACCACAAUGUCUCACCAGCGAACUGCACCCAGCCGUCUACGCUGAUUCGAGGUGACAGAGGAUCUCGAGCGUCCGAUGGAAUCGACCACUCCAGCAGGUAUGUGGAGAUAUCACGACGCCUGGCAUUGCCAAUGUCAAACGGGCUUGCCCAAUGAUACAGUCGGCAAUAUCAAGGUGACGGUCCGCAGUGCCGGAGAAGGGGCUGACAUCAGCGUCAGCGCUUCUCAGAA